GAACUGAAGUGUCUCCUCUCACGGGUUGGAUCUUCUCCAGUCUGCAUCCAGCAGCUCGAGCACAGCACUCCUCACGCAGCCCUAGCCUCGCCGUCGCCACUUGUGACAUCGAAGCCUUGUGCACUGCCAGUGAACCUGAAGCAACUCUUCACCGCCGCACCACCUACCACGGUCUUCUUCGACGACCCCGCUGCCAACCAAGCACUCCAUAGACGACGCUUCUCUCUCCAGCCUAACACUGGAGAGAUCCCUACCUACACUGCUGAAUACUUGCCUUGUCACAUGGCUGCUGCUGCUGCUUCACCUUGUUGUGAACGAGAAUCAAGACGCAAUGGCUGCUAUAAUUGGUGACAUGGCAGAACUCCAGCAGCAAAGCCAAUGGGAGUUCAGCUGUGACUUGGAAGUAGACUAUGAGUCUGAGGAGAAUGCUUCCAUGGUCUAUGCAGCAUUAGCUGUUGAUAAGGAGUUGCAGCCAGACAAAGUGAAAAGGCAGAUGACAGCAUCAAAUGGAAAACUUACAGUACAUUUUGAGGCAGUAGAAGCAAGAUUUCUUCGUGCAUCAUUUAGUGCUUUUGUGGACGUCCUAAUACUUGCCACAAAAACGAUUGAAGAAUUUGGACAAGGAAUGGAAUUGUGACACCCAUUCACGAUUCACCUACUAGCACUGCUGCUUUUUCUGGGGAGAAUUUAGUGAAAGAUACUAAAAAUGCUAAUCUCUUUUAUUUAUGAUUUGUGAUGCAUGUAGUCUUCGUUGUUCUAUUUGUGCCGAAAGUGAAUUUCGAUAUUAAUAUUAUGAUGUCUGCCACUAAUGUUAUUAAAUGAAAUCGUGUAACAAUUUAACUAGUAAAA